GUGAUUGACGCCACAAAUAUGGGCAAUUUUGCACGGUUCAUAAACCAUUCGUGUCAGCCGAAUUGCUACGCGAAGGUGGUUGUGGUGGAUGGUGAGAAACGUAUUGUGAUCUAUAGUAAGACACAGAUCGAGAAGGGUGACGAGAUCACCUACGAUUAUAAGUUCCCGAUUGAGGACGACGACAAGAUCGAUUGCUUGUGUGGUGCACCGCAGUGUCGUGGCACUCUUAAUUGA